UAAGUAAAAAAUUCGAUGCAGUCGUCUGUUGAACCGUGAGUUUUAAAACUGCAGUCUCAGUGAAAUCGCAUUAUAUUAAUUACAUUAAUUUUUCAUUCAUCCCGACUAUAUUGAUGAAUUGACAGUCUCGAAUUCAUUAAAUCAAAAAUAAUGAAGAAGAUGAAAAAAUAGUCAUGAAAUUGUGACGAGAAUGGUUUGCAAUAAUAAAUUGAUUAAAAAAAGCUUUUUUGCACUGUGAAAUAUUAUUAGCUUUAACGGUUGUGCGUGUGAUAAAUUCACGUGCGCCAAAUGCUUAUGUAAUUGUGUACUUAAUGCAUAUGCGGUUCAACGACUAAAAGACAGAGAGUUGUCAUAUUGAAUGGGUGGGCAAUUGCUGCCGAUGCAGUUUUCCACUUUUCUUCUCUUUAUUUUCAAUAUUUUUUUGCCUUCUCUUUUUAUUGUUCUUAUCGAAACGCCACCACAAGGAGGGUUCAGUGGCGACGUUGCCGUGUAUGUACGCACUUCUUAAUCGGCAUUAGCGAUCGCACAAUUGGUCAGUGAUGAUGAAUAAUACACGGGAAAAAUCGGGUGGGUAUUUUCAAUACCUGAGGCAUGCCGGAAAAUUGUGGUACAUUGUAAAUCCCUAUGAGGCGAGUUUUGAAUUUGAGGGACAAGUGCCGGAUUAUCAGACAGAGGUCUGGCCCUCGUUCUUCAUAUUGAUAAUCCUCGAGCAGAUAAUUCUUGUCUCAAAAAAACAAAGUACUUUUCGCUUGAACGAUCAUGUUACAUCGCUCUGCAACUGGAUUCUUCCGGAAUCUGGACGAAUAUUGUGUCGCGGUGCCGAAUACUAUCUGUACAUCAAGAUUUAUGAAGACUAUCGGAUAUGGAGUUUGCCGUGGAAUUCUGUGGGGACAUGGUAUCUGACGGCUCUGGGGGUUGAUUUUUGUUACUAUUGGGUGCAUCGUGCCAAUCAUGAAAUUCACUUCUUGUGGGCUCAACAUCAAGUACAUCAUAGUAGUGAGGAAUUCAAUCUUGUGGUUGGACUGCGGCAGUCUGUCUUGCAACAGUGGUGCAGCUUCAUGUUCUACUUACCCCUUGCUGCCUUCAUACCACCGUCCCACUUCAUAGCGCAUCAUCAAUUCAAUCUUAUCUAUCAAUUAUGGAUUCAUACGACUGUAAUCGAUGACCUCGGACCCCUUGAGCUCGUUUUCAAUACACCGAAACAUCAUCGGGUGCAUCAUGGAUGCAAUUUAUACUGUCUCGACAAAAACUACGGAGGUGUUCUAAUAAUCUGGGAUCGUCUCUUUGGCACAUUUACAAGUGAAAAAAUCAAGGAGGAAAUAAUCUACGGCCUCGUCGUGAGCCCCCGGACAUUUAAUCCCCUGUAUCUCCAGACAUUCUACACAAAAGCAAUGUUCGUAAAGAGCUUGAGUAUGACAAGUCUGGGAAAUAAAUUGGCGGCUUUCUGGAAAGGACCGAGCUGGUUUCCAGGUGCACCGAGACUCGGCCUUGAUGAGUACAAAGUCAACGUCACCUCCAGAAGAAAAUAUAAUCCUCAGAUAUCUUUUUGCCUGAAGAUUUAUAUUAUCAUGCAUUUUAUCGUCGUAUUUUACACGCAUUAUCAGCUUUACGGAGAAAAACAAGACUGCAAUACCUUGAACCAAAGUACAAUAAUAAUGAACAAUAUCUUUGCACUGACGACAAUCGGUCUCCUUUUCGACAAGUACAAAUAUGCGGGGAUGAUUGAGCUCACGCGAUGCGUCCUUCAAUUAUACAUCACCAAAAAUGACAUCUUGAUCGAGCCUCAAAUCACAUCAAAAUUCAUCUUUCUCAUCUACCUCACGUCCUGCUGCUUCUGGGGCGUAAAAACAAUCAGAGAUACAAUACCAAUUAUUAACAGAAGACAGUAGGAUCAACAAAUCUGGAUGACUCGAGAAUCAGAAGACGAGGUACGAACGCAGCUUUCACAUCACGUACCGUCGCGAUUAUUCUUUGGUUUGUUUGUAUUCACAUUAUAUCAACGUUAAGAACCUACACAAGACCUUGGACUUAUUUCUUAAUUGAAUUUCAUAUAAAAGAAAGAAAGACAUGGCUGGAAAAGAUGGCUGGAACAGGAGGUAUAUAGGAGCAGCCGUAGAAUCGAAGAAUUCUAAUCCACGUGGCAUACUCCCUCAGUACAGUUUACCGUGUCAUUGGGUUGGGGUAUUGAUUCAAUGACGUAAUAAGGGAUUGGUGAACUUUUAAAGCCGUAUUGACAGUUUGGUAAACCUGUGUUUAAGGAAUGCACUAAGAAAUUUCAUAGAAAAAACAGGCGAAUACUACCAUAGAAAGUUGUAUUUGUUUUUAGCCAACUUCAUUAAAGAAUUUCACUUUAUUUUACGUUUUUUUUUCAAUAGGAAAUGUCAACAGGAUUUCAUCUUUGAACAUUUCUAUUGAACAAAAAAAAAGAAAAAAAAACGCCUACGUAUUUCGCUUGAUUUUUCUGUUAAAUUUUUUCGUAUGUAAACAUUUACUCGAAAAAAUAAUACGACUGUUAUUGUUUUUAAUUGUAUAAUACUUUAAUUCACUUAAUUAUUAAGAUAAAAAUGAGUAUGUUUCCAUUGUUCUUCUCCACCCCUUCCGUUCAUAUUUUUCAUCAAAAAGGCAUUAUAUCAAGAUUGAAAUUGUUUUACAAAAACGAUGCCACAAUAGUUUUUUCAAGUACAGCACUGUUACUGUUACGUAUAGUACAAAGUGAACAUAUAUCUUUAAAUUGCUUCAUUAUUAAUUAAUCAAAAUAUUCAAUAUACAAAUAGCAACGUAAUGCGUGUAAAAAGUCUAAAACAAUAAAGCAAAAUUUUUUUUGUG